ACUGACAAGAAAGUUUGUGAAAUCUGUGGUGAAAGUUACAACCAAAAGAACGAUUUGUUGGUCCACAUGAGAACUCACACGGGUGAGAAGCCGUAUUGUUGUGGAACAUGUGGGAAAACAUUUUCCGGUCAAAGUCUUUUGAUUCGCCACAAUAAGACUCACACAGGUAAGAAGCCGUAUUCCUGUGGAACAUGUAAGAAAAGUUUCAGCAGACAUAGUAACCUGUUGGUCCACAUGAAAACUCACACUGGUGAGAAGCCGUAUUGCUGUGAAACAUGUGGAAAGUGUUUCCUUCGUCGGGAAAGUCUGUUAGUCCACAUGAGAACUCACACUGGUGAGAAGCCGUAUUGUUGUGAAACAUGUGGAAAGUGUUUCCUUCGUCGGGAAAGUUUGUUGAGCCACAAGAGAGCUCACACUGGUGAGAAGCCGUAUUCUUGCAAAGCAUGUGGGAAAUGUUUCAGUCAUCAUAGUUAUGUAGCGGUCCAUAUGAGAACUCACACAGGUGAGAAGCCAUAUUGUUGUGGGACAUGUAAGAAAAGUUUCAGCAGACAGAGUAACUUGUUGGUCCACUUGAGAACUCACACAGGUGAGAAGCCGUACUCUUGUGAAACAUGUGGGAAGUGUUUCAGUUAUCACAGUAAUAAGUUGGUCCACAUGAGAAUUCACACUGGUGAGAAGCCGUAUUCUUGUGAAGCAUGUGGGAAAUCUUUCAGUGAUCACAGUUAUAAAUUGGUCCAUAUGAGAACUCACACAGGUGAGAAGCCGUAUUCUUGUCAAACAUGUGGGAAAUAUUUCAGUCGUCAUAAUCAUAAACUGGCCCACAUGAGAACUCACACAGUGCCUGGCUCCUAG